AUGGCAAAGUCGCAUCCCGAGCCAACCCACUUCGACGAUGCGCUCGUCGACUUGCCGACCAUCGAAAUGCAGCAGACGGGGGCGGCUUUGGAACCGCCGUCAGACGUCAACUCACGAGUCGGAAAAAUUGUGGAAUCUGACGUCGAUGUCCCUGUCCCGCUUGAAUACUGGCAGCGCACCGAAUACACUGCAGCGAAGCACUCGUCUGCACACAUGACCGGCACAUGCGCGCUCUCGGUCCGAGGAACAGAAGAUGGGCGAACGGCUAGCAGACCCUCAACCCGACGCGACACGAUUGGUGGUUACGCAGCGAGGACGACUGCCCUUGUGUGGGCGUUGAGGCCGCAGCGAGGCGCCGACAGGAACACAUGGCUGGCGAACGCGCCCGCCCAGUCUGGCAAGCGCAGAACGCGCGCACGGCCGGCAGGCUUCCCUCGGUCCAACGACGCGAUGCGGCGCGAUUGA